AUGGUCGUCAAAAUUGAAAUGGAAUUUUUGUAACGCCGCCGCGCGCGCUUCUUCACAUUACAAUGGAAUUGUGGUUUAUCUACUAACGUUUUUACGUCGGUGUUAUUUAAAAUACCAGUGCAAUAUAAUUGUGUAACAAAUUUAUACUUUCAGGGCAAACAAAUGCAGUAGAAAAAUAAUCUAAUAAUGAUUUAGAACAUAACCUCUAAGCUUACAAUUUGUACUAAAAUAAUAUCAAUAAUUAUUCAAAAUGCAAAAACUGCAAGAUAGUGUUUUUUCCAUUGUAAAAAGGACAAGCUUGUCACCUGCGGUGUUUAGCUUUCUUCAACCAUCAGAUGAAAAUCCUGAUCGGACCCCGUUAGGGCAGAUACUAAGUGACACCAAACAUGCCUGGCUGGCCCUUGGCGCUAAGUUUUGUGUCAUUGACCUUAAAACUGGCCUCAAAGUUGCUGCACACAACUUCAGUUCACUGAAUGGCCACUCCCAAGUAUCUAUAUCAUCUGUGGUUGAACUGGCCAAUCCUCUGUCCAGUAACUCCCAACAACUUAUUAUCAGUCUCCAAUGUGACGAUGGAACAGGGAUAAUCUGUGUACUACAUGUCAACGGUUCUCAAAUACUACGCUGCAUACAGACAGAAGUGGUUGUCACACAGAUCUCUGUAUGCGAUGCUGUCCCGGAUGGACCAUUUGCAUGUUUUGAUGGGGCUGUAAUGGCUGGCACUAAGAAUGGAGAGAUUUUUGUGUUUGAUCUCAACAGAGCUAGUCUUAUUCAAGCAUUGAAAGAUAUAUCUCAAGGUUAUGAACACUUAGUCCUAGGAGAACAGAAUCCAGCAAACUUAUCCUUCCUGCCAUUGAGCUCUAUACACCGGCUAGAAGAACAAAGAGAUUUAGCCAUUGAGAAUGAACAUCACAUAGCAGUGUUACUUAACGAAAAUUCUUUAGUAGAUGGCCAGUAUUUGUUCCGUAACCCUGAUGGAUCUGUAUGUAUGAAAGCUAAAAGGGAUCAAAUUAGAGUGACUGCUUUACAGUAUAUCCCACAAAUAGGUAGUUUAGCUGUGGGAUUCAAUUUCGGCGCAUUUCAAAUUUGGAAUCUGAUUAUAAUGGAACUGGAAUACACAUCGCAAGUUAAUGUUGAAUGCUUGCCGGUCACACAUUUUGGAUUCCAGGAGCCAUGUGACGAUCCCAGAGCAUUCUGUUACCUCUGGGUGAUAUUCUCAGUGCUGGACCGGCUGGAAGAGGAGGAGUUCCCACUGGCUGUGCUGUACUCGCUCACGUACCACGGCAAGCGGAUGCUUUCUGACACCAAGUGUCUCUAUCAGGAUUUCUCUAUGGCAACACUAAGAUUCCAAGUGGACUUGGAAUCAAUGGAUGAUUCGAUACCAGCGAUGGGGGGAAAAUGUCUAUCCUGUCACACUUAUGCUAUUAGUUCUACUUUGGGGGAGGAAGGGGAAGAAAAUAUGUUAAAUAUAUGCCAGCUGGUUUGGGAAAUUUGGGGUGAAAACGCAAAUGCGUCCCCACAGUAUGGAAUGAUCAUUUUCGACUUGGACCAGUGGUAUAAGGACCAAAUGCCAUCCACCUGCCGCCUCGAAAGCAGCCCGUUCAUGAGCGCCAACAACAUGGGCACACUGGCGUGCGGCAGCGCGUUGGACUCCCGACUGGCGCCGCACACGGUGACGCCAUAUUCACACUGCACCAGGUUGGAGCAGCAUUUCUACCCUAACUCGUUGCAAUACGAAUGCACCUGGCUAUCGACAUCUGAGUGGAGCGUCUCCCGCACAUUGGGUAUCCAGCGGCAGGUGCUGUCGGCGCUGGCCUGCGGAGGGCCCGCGGCGUUGCUGCACCCCACCACGCUGUACCACGCAGCGCGCGCUGCCGGUCUGCAGCCGCUGCACACCGACCACACUGUGCAAGCGGACCAGGAUGAGCAGCGUCGGUUCCUACUAUCGGUUUGCGCUGAAGCUCGACUGUCGCGCGUAUUGCGUCGCGCAGCACGUGACUGGGCCACGCACACUCACGCGCCCGCCGGCUGUACUCUAGAUCUACUGGUGGAUUGGUGUUGGACAAGGGCUAUAGACCUAAAAGAAUACGCGAAAGAACUCACAGCGCCUCUAUUCGUUUCUUCUGCAUUACCUGACAGAAAUGUGGUAAGAUGUCUGGAACACUGUGUGCAACAGUUAAUCCAGCUGACAGGGCUGCUCGAUGCCAUCCUCACUAAAUGCUGCAACUUGGUCGUGCCUGAUGCCCUCAGCGAAAUUGAAGAGAAGCACAAAGGUAUCAGCACAGUGUCGCUGUACUUCCAAGUGGUGCAGUGGUUCUUGCGGGUGGGCCUGUUGCCGGAGAGGGGCGACCGGCAUACGCUGCCGUACCCGGCCGAUCAAGUUCGCUCCUUGUACGAUAAAAGGCGAUUGAAACUCCAACGUCUCCAAGAAAACGGCCCAGUAGACGAUAAGAUCAACAAACCUUGCUCUCUUCUAUAUAUUGAUCAGCUGAUCGAAAACGAGUUCGACGGAGAGGGGGUCCGAGAAAUGUGGUUGAGAGGCGGCAGUGAGUCCUACGGGUUGUAUCCCCCACCGUCGCUAUACUCGCUCCUGCGACUUUACCUGUUGCCGGAAAUUGCUGAGGAACACAAACAUUCUUUGGUGCUCUAUCUACUGCUGGACUACUCUAUGAUUUACGAUGAAGUGAGGUACGAAGCAGUGAUUCGCAGGUUGAUGCAAUUCCCCACAAUGUUCGGUCUGAGCAACACCGCCAUUAAGGCUACGCAGGCGUUCUGGCAUCUCGACCAUAGGGACUUCGAUUUCGCCCUCGACCAGCUCCAAUGUCUAACUGGCAACACCCUAGCCCAUUGGCAACACAGCGUCGUGUUAUCAUCCCUACUCGCCCAAAAGAAAAUGCAAGCCGCCUUACAAUAUUUGCACGUUAGAAAACCUGUUCCUGUACAAAAUAUGAGGGAAAAUAUUAGUGCCGGCAAGUUGUCUGAUUGGCAAGCGAGUUGCAACUUGUAUUUGGCGAGGCAACUGCUGGGAGAAGCGUUAGAUGUCGUUAGAGUGUGCGCUGAGUACUCUGCGAGUAGAGACGAGAGGGAGAAGGUGCUCAUUUGCUUUUUCAAAGGCUGUCGCAACACUGGGCAGCUGUCGAAGGCGCUGCAGCUGCCGCUGCUGCCGCCGGAGGAGGAGGUGUUCAUCAAGUACCUCCAGGACUGCGACGAGCGGCAGACCUCGGACAUACUCAUCAUGUAUUAUUUACAGCAGGCCCGAUAUCUAGAAGCAGAGCAAUACAACAACAAGCUUAAACAGACCAAAUCAAAGCAGAAAGACCUCACGAAGUCUGCAGAGUCACUCGCCGACAUGAUAGACAGAGACAGCGCUAGAGAUACGUUGGUUGAUGUUGUGUGCGGGUAUUUGCCUACUAUCGCCACUGCCGUGGCUAAGUGUGCCUUUACUGAGAGGGAAGUAAUGCCACAUGUGGCGGCGCCAAAGCCGAUGUCUGUAUUCGUGAAAGCGAAAUCGCCCAAAAAUACCUUCACUUAUAAAUCGUCGUUCAUUCAAGAUACGAUAGAAAACGCAAGUGAGACAUGGGUGAACAAGCGCGGCAUCAAGCGCGCGCUGCAGGUGGACGAGACGCCGUUCAUCUGCACGCCCAAGGUGGCGCGGGCCCGCAGUAUGUACUUGGAGCCGCAACCGGAGACGGCGACGCCGAACAAGCGCGCGCGCACGACGCCGAGCGCGACGCUGCGCGCGCUGCUGGACGCGGCGCCGGAGCCCGCGCCGCGCGCGCCGCGCUCCGCCUCCGGCACGCCGCACAGCAUACUCAAGAUAAAACGCGAAGGCGGUGACCGCGACAUGGCUUCGCCGACAGACUCCCGCUACCUCGCCGACAGCGACGACGAUUUGGCCGACGCUGCCAGCAACCACACGCACUACAGCGAUGCUAACAAACAUCUACGAUUCACAAUACCUACUGCAUCAGAAUCGGGAUCGACCCCAUCGCCGCCACUCGACGCGGUAGAGACGGAUAUACCGAACACCAGUCGUGCGAGCGAGACAAAUAUAGUUGUUGACAACUUCUCUACUAGAACUACCACACCCACACAUCCUAUGACUGAAAAACAUGAUUUGGAAUCACCGCCAAAGAAACAGGCCACUGAAGAUAAAAUCGGGUCUAAAAAGUUGAAGGAUACUGUGCGUGCAAGGCGUUCCCUCUCAAUAUCAGCAAAUAGUAGUCUUUCCGACGACCCGAACACUUCAAUAGAGAGUAUCGCGGAUAUACCCAUCACUCUCAUAAACCCGAGAUUCUCCGGAGAGAGACGAAGGUCCGAGCCGAUGGAUACCGAUGGAGAGAAAGAGAUGAAGCAAGAAGACGAAAAGGAUGAGAGGGAGAAAGAAAUACCGAGGACACCUAAAGCUAGACGCGGAAUCAAUACAAGUAGAGCUAGUUUGGUUACAAGAAGCCGGUCAGUGACCCCAGAACGACUGGACUCUCCCGUCAGCCCCUCGCGCGCUGGAAGGAGCACAAGGAGCAAAUCUAGAACGCCCGAGCGCAGCCCGCAGCCGCCGGCGCUGGCGCCCAUCCCUGAGCAGCCCAAGCUGGAGAGCGACAGCGAACAUCAUCCGCUCAAAACUUUGCUCAGCGCUCCCAGAAGACUUCGCAGCAGAUCGCGAACGCCAGAAAGAGUUGAUUCAGUGAUAGAGUCCCCGCGACUGGAAGCCAUCACGGAAUCUCCCACUAAAUCUUCCAGCGAAUCAGCUCAGUCCUCACCAGUGCGUCGUAGUCUUAGGAGCCGAUCGCGAACGCCAGAGGUGGAAGUUCCCGUGGAACCACCAAUAUUGGCUAGUCCUCGUAGUCUAAGAAGUCGAUCCAAAACGCCCGAAAAAAUAAUGUCGCCCAAAAAAGAUCAGUCGGUCAAAAGCAAGAAAUCUCUAUCGAGACUUGUCCUUGAAGCGAAUGCCUUCGCCAAGACAAAAGCCAACUUGGACAAAGAUGAGGCAACUAAGAGUGACACCGGAAUGGAAUGCACUCCAAUGAAGACUUUAAAACAAAUACCAAGUCUUUUAGACGUCACUUUGUCUCCCAUUGUAAAUAAAUCUGUCUUACAAAGUUCUAACGACAGUGUACUAUCAGAAUCUCCCGAAAAACAAACCAAAAUCGAUAAAAAUAUAACAGAUUUAGGUCUCAAAACUCUUCCAGCGUUUACAACCAUUCAUGAAACGUAUAUAGAAAAAUCUGUACUACGCAGUUACCAAAGCAGUGUAGGCGAUGCUUCCGCAGAAGAAACUAAGGAGAUUGAGGUAAGCCGCGAAGCAAACGUGACUAUGAAAUCACUGCCAGCAUUCACUACAAUAAAUGAUGAAUUCGACAAAUCUGUGCUACAUAGUUACCAAAGUAGCAUGGAUGAAUCAAGUGCACAAGAAGAUAAAAAUGAUAAUAAAAUUACUAAACCUUUAUCGGCAUUUACGUCUAUUAUGGAUGCUGAAUUCAAACCAGUUUUGGGUAGCGUGGAGUCAAGUUUAGCCGAAACGUCAAGAGAAGCGUCUAAAUGCAAUUGGAAGAAUAUGUCUAGUCUAAUGACGAGUGAUAGCGAUAUAGAGAAAGAUAAAAAGGAAGACAAUUCUGCUGUGAUUCAGAAAGAGAAGGAAAGAAUUGUCGAAAUAGAGAGGGAGAUUCAUGAGAUAGAAGGAGAUAUGUCUGAUAGUGAUAAUAAUGGCGAGUCGGGGUCGGAUGAUGAAGAAAUUGAGGAAGCUGAGGAAAUAGAAGCAGAGGAAAGCGAUGAAGAGGAAGAAAGUGAAAAGUCUGAGGAAGAGGAGACAUCAAACGAGAGUGUUGAAGAAGUAAUUUCUAUAAAAGACACAGACUCUGAAGAAUCUUCGUCAUCUGAUGAUAAACUACAAAUAAACGAAGAAUCAUCAUCUGAGACGAAUUCAGAUAAUGAACCUAAAGAAGCCAUAGCCGAAGUAGUCGUUGAAAGGGAUAAUAAAGAAGAAGAAAAAACAGAUCCAAUAAAUCAAGGCCAAUUAUCUUUGUUAACAGACGAUAAUUCGGAACAUUCUAAUAUGAAUCUUAAUUAUUCUGACGAAAAGAAAGAAAAUGUUGAAGAAAGACAGCCUGAAGUAAAUAAAAUCGUUGAAAAUCCUAAAAAUGAAGUAAUCGAAGAAACCACAAACGAAGUAAGAGUAAUUUAUGAAGACUCAACUCGUGGUCCCGUUGAGACUCCAGUAUCGCCAGGUUGUCGAGUAUUUGUAGAAGAAAUCAAAACUACAACCCUGUCUACAGAAUCUAAAAAAGUUAUUGCCGAAUUUAAGGACAUACAUGAAGUACCUCCUACUACCACUUAUGAAAAUAUAGAAUCGAAUAAGACACCAGAAAGGAAAGUGAAAAUUACUGUUACGCCAAUGGAUGAAGAAAAUAUUCAAGAUAAUACUGAAGCUACUGUAGGUGAAGAAUCUAAAAAUAUAGGAAAAACUGAAGUGACCAAAUUGACUUCAAAUGUUGGAGAAGAAUCUGAAAACUCCGAAGUUACCAAAAUCCCUGCCACUCGACCAGAAACAGAUCCUUCGGAACGUCCUAAAGAAGAAAUGGUAGGAAUCCUUGCCACUGAACCAGAAACAGUUCCUACGGAACUUCCUAAAGAAGAAAACGUAGCAGUAAAACCUGCGAGGAUAACGCGAAAGAAAUCUAUAUCAACCAAAUCUGAAACAGAACCUAAAGAAAGACAAGAAAUAGAAGAACCGAAGACACCUUCUAGAAGAAAACGGGCUCAAUCUACAGCCUCUAACAAAUCAGUUGAAGAAAAGACAUCAGAUAGUGAUGUGACAAAAACUAGAGCGAAAACUCCUAGUAGUGAAGUUAGGAAGAUUAUAACAAGACGGGCUUCUAGGGAAAUGUCAGAGAAAAUUGACGAUUCUAGAGAAUCUAUGGAUGAUAGUGUGGCCACGCCUAAGAGACGAACUACUAGAUCAAGAAGUAAGAACGUUGAUGACAAUGAAAGCGUGGCUUCGGAAAGUUCAAUAAGAUCAACGAGAAGUAGAACGAGCGAAGUGAGCGAUGCGUCGGAGGUGAAAGCGGCGCCGAUACGUAAGGGAAGGAAAUCUAUACUCGCGACCAAACCGGAUUUGUCUGUUAUACCUGAAACUACUGUCGAGGAGUCUGUCAGCGAGAAAAUUAACGAUUACUCCACAUCUAGACGACUGACUCGCACUCAGAAAGCGAUGCUAGAAUCCUGCAUCUCCCCCUCCCCCAGCCCCGCCCCCGCCCCCGCCCCCGCCCCCCGCCGCGGCCGCCGCGCCAGCGUCCGCAGCGGGGUCAGUGACCUCAGCCGGGACGACGACGACCAGGCGUCCAUCUCUUCUGAUGCCAAUACCAUGGACAGGAUCGCGCUGUUGGAUAAGGAAGAUUUUGAAGGGUCGCCGGACCGCGAAGAGCUCCCAUUGGCUGGAUCACCGGACUCACUCGCGACCAACGCCGCGCGGAAACCACGCAUGGCAAGAGCAGCUUCAGAAUCGCGAUCUACUCCAAAAGCGGCCAAGAUAUCCAGGAGAGUCUCCGUGGAUAUCGCGGCGACGCCCCCGCCGGGCUCCCCCGCGCGCGGUCGCCGCGCGUCUUUUAACCGCGCGUGCGAAGCGCUGCACACGCCCAAAGGUUCGCGGCGCACGUCUACUGAUUCCAGGAAGGGCGCCGAAAGUCCCCCCUCCCCCGUUACCCCGGCCUCCACCCGCGCGCGGCGUCCCUCCGCUGCCAGCACUGAACAAACUCAUACAGAACCCGGGAAAAGAUCACGUAAAGCGUCAACAGCAGAUGAAUCAAAGGAUACUAAAAAGAAAUAGUGAUAGUUUAAUUUAUUUUUCCUUAUUUUUAUUGUAAAGGUUUAUAUAAGUUUGUUUUGCAUUUAACCAAGUAAAAAUGUGAUACAUCAUAA